AUGUCGAGCCUGAACGUUGUUUACGAGAAGAUUCACUACAGACACGAUCCGCGGUGGCUUCGGCGCCUGGGCCCAGCGGCCAGCUGCUCCGAGCUCUGCGUGGCAUGCGCCAUUGAAAUGAUGGAGAGCGACGAGGUGUCGUCGGUGAGGAAGUCUGGGGCCCUGAUCAGUGUUUGUGGGGUGCUGAAAAGAAGUCCGGGCGUCCUUAAAGAUGUGCUCCUGCAGGAUCACCGGGUCUGCCUCCAUUUUAUCGCCUCCUUACUGGGAAUGCUCCAUACCGUGAAGGACGAGGUUACCCUGGAGCAGACCGCCCAAGUGUUGGUGCAGUUGUUACUGGAGCUGCAGAAUGAGAAGUUUGUCCAUUGUGUGCUGCAGGAGAUACACACCCAGCUCUGCGAGCAGGCCGGCGUUCGCGGGUUCCUGCCGACCUUCACGUUUGUGGGGAAGCUGUUGGACGCGGUGCCAGGGCUGGGGCAGACGCUGGCCUCUCAGCACGUCCCCCUCCUGGAGCAGCUGUGCGUGGCACUGCAGUUCCCGGACGAGGCGCUGAAGUCAUCGGUAUGCUACAUCUUCAUCGGGGUGUGGGGGUAUGAGGGGGCGGGGCAGACCCUCCCCCCAGCCCUGAGGGACAGGCUGUGUGCCCUCCUCCUGCAGACCCUGUCCAGCGCCACCACCCCACACCUCACCGUCAACUGCCUGGGCUUUCUGAGGCAGCUGCUGAGGCUGAGUGAGGCGGUGUCGGUGCUGAUGAACUGCCACAGUGAGCUGGACUCUGCUGAAGACCCGGACCUGACGCCAAACGCACAGCCCCCACCCAAGCCCUGCUCCCUCCCCCUCAUUCUCAAAAAGCUGCUGCUGAGUGGAGAGGAGGUGAUGCAGGUGGCCAGUGCUCAGGCCAUGACCGCUGUGCUGGUGCAGUCCCCCAGCCAGUACUGCCCCCUCUUCAUCCAGGCCGAUAUCCCAGAGUUCCUGUAUGAGAGGCUGGUCAGCCGCAGUGAGGUGCUGCUGUGGUCGGUGUACAACUGCCUGCUCCUGCUGAUGGAGGAUCCGCUCUUCUUCUCCCAGUGCCACUCGGUGUACGGUAUCGAGUCGCUGAUCCGCAGUCUGAAGGAGGCCCUGAGGAUGAACAACCAGGACGUGCAGAGGCAGGGCCUGCUGCUGCUCACCGAGACCCUGGAGAAGCAGCCGGCCGGGGUGCGGCUGUUCCCCAGCGGACCCGGAUUCGGGGCGGUGGCGGAGGUGGUGGUGGCCGGAGUCUCGGCGCCCUGCCUGCAGGUGGGCACGCAGGCGGCCUGCGCAGCUGCUGCCCUCUUCAGGCUGAAUCAUCAGUCCAGCCCUGUCCUGUACAAGGAGCUGAAGAGGUUGGUGGAGGCUGUGAUUGGCAGGUGCACCGAGCUGCCAUUACCCACAGCAACACACCGCAGGGCCGCCGUCAGUCCGUCGGUAAGCGGCGGUUGGAGCCGGUUUGCUCCUGCUGCGCGUCUCAGAGCACCGUCCUGUCCCUCCCUCUGCCAGGGGAGCCUCGCCGGAGCCCAGCCCAGCACUCAGUACUCCAGAGCUGGAGCGUUUCUACUCCAGGCCCUGGUCUGCUUCCACGCGGCCUGCAGGUUGGCGGAGCAGUGCGCAGGAGAUCCAGAUCUGGAGGAGAACGUCUUCACAGCACCAGACUCGUCGAGCGAGGAGUCCCUCCAGUCCUUCUGCCUGUACCUGCUGCACAGCUGCGACUCUGUGUGCAUCCCCACCAUCACCAGGCACUGCGAGAGGGCCUCUAGUGCAGCUGUGCUGGAGCAGUUUUUCUCAGUCCUCUCCUGCCUGUUCUCCCUCGUUCCCUCCCGAAUGCCCCUCUUCUCCAAUAAACUGGCCUCCUCUGGCUUCUUCAGGCUGACUCUGGAGCGAAAGGCUGCUUUUUGUGCUGGAAACAGAAACCCGGCCUUGAACGCGGCCUGCUCUGACUUCCUCCGCUGGCUGAGUUUGUCUCUGCUGUCUCAGCUGGACACAAACAGCUGCUCCCAGCAACAAGACUGUGAGGAGGUGGGCACUCUGUUGGAGAGGUGUCUCCCUGCUCUGUGCUGCCGCCCGGCAGAGUGGCCCUCGUUGCUGUGUGAGGCCCCAGGGCCCGCGGAGGGGCAGGAGGGGCCCGGGGCCACACAGCACUGCCUGCUCAUCCUGCUGUACCUGGCCCUGAGACAUGGAGACAGGUUGCUGCCUGAUGCUGCUGUGUUCUCCAGUGUGGUGGCAGUGCUGCGCUCGGUUCAGGAGCAGGGGGGGCGCCCCCCUCCCCCCUGUGUGCUGAGAGCCGCCCUCUACCUGCUGUCUGUCACCCAGGACAGCAGCCCCGAGCUGGACUGGGCGCCCCUAAACUGCAUCACCGCAGCCCUGUCCAGUUGCCCCAGUGCCUCCUGCCCCUUCUCGCCCCCCCACCCCGCCCUGCUGCGCUUUGUGUUCCGCUACCCCGAGCUGGCGGACCGGUUUGGGCCGGCGGUUCUGGAGCUGUGGCUGACUCGCGCAGCCGGUCCGGAGGUGCCGGGCCAGGGCUCCGACGACGUCCCGGUCCUGCUGCCGCUGGUGGAGAGGAACCCGGCCGCUCUGCUGUCCCUGCUGGGAGUGAUGUGCUCCGGCGAGUCGCGGCUGGCGAGCCACGCCCUCGAGACGCUGAGAGGUUUCCUAUUGGCCCGUCCCAGCUGUGACCCCGCCCUCUCCAAUAUGCUCCGCCCACUCCUGCUCCAGGUCCUCCAGAGGCUGGCAGUGGAGGGCGCGGAGGGGCCAGGAGUCCUCGGUCCGGUCCCGCUGGUCCUGCAGCUGCUGGUCCAGCUGUGCUGCAGUGUCUCUGCGCCGGGGGAGAUGGACAGCACCGACUUCAAGCUGCUCUACCACGUGAGCAACCUGGCAGGGAAACUGAAGGCCUCCAGUACGGAGUCCCUGCUGCCAGCCCUCAACUUCCUGUACUGCAGCGUGGGGCUGUGUCCUCCUCACUGCGCCAACAGAGCUGUGUCUAUACUGCUCGGCAAUGAUGGGCUGAUGGAUCAGCUGCAGAUGCUGCUCGACCUCUGCCCCUCAUCUUCCUCCACCUCUUCCUCCCUGCUGGGCUGCUCCCGUCUGCUGCUGUCGACCCUGGUUCACCUGCAGCACGUUCACUCUGCACAGGUCCAUAAGCGCAUUACUCUCAGCCUGGACAGCAUGGUUCAUCUCCUGUGCUUCAGGAAGAGAAAGACGGAUGGCCUCUCGCUGGCCAGUGCCCUCCGGCUGCUGCAGACUGCCCUGGAUGUGGACCUGCAGUCGCCCCUCCUCGACCUGACCGCCAGGCCCAGCGCCCAGCGCCCCCUGCUGGAGACAGAGGCAGCCCUGCACCCACUGGGCUCCCACAGGGCACAGUGCCUGACCACUGCACUCUACAGCCUGCUGCUGGAGAAGCAGGAGCUGUUGCUGAUUGGCUCGGUCAGCUGUCUGAGAUCCCUGCUGGUAUUUCUGGGAAGGAGGAGUCCUGACACAGCCCUGCACAUGGUCUGCCAGCCCUGGAGCCGAUUCCUCCUCUUCUCUCUUUUGAGCUGCGGAGGGGCCAGCCUCCUGCACCCUGCUGUCCUGCAGCUCCUCGAACUGGUGGUGCGGUUCAAUAGUAAAGCAGUGCUCUGGGAGCCUGACCUGGUGCAGGUGUUGGAAGCAGCAGAGAGCAGAGAACUGAAGGACCUGGAAGGAGCUGCAGCACAGGCCCUGAGACAGCUACUGACACAGCUCCUGGGCAGCCCCUCUCACCCGCCCCCGACACAGAAGCACAGAGAGCGGGCACAGAGUCUACUGGACUCCCUGGAGUCACUGCCCCCUGUGGACGCACAGAACCAUCGCAUUGUGCGCGUUGGUAAGUUGUCCGUCUGCCUGUCCGACUUCACAAUGAAGACGAGGGACACUGGGGAAUGUGACGUAUAACGUACAGAGGCCUGGCAGUAAAGCUGAUCAAGCUUUCAUCAGUUUCUUCUUCACCGAUUUACAGUUGCUGCCGUUUGUUACAGUUGGUGCUUGUGUUACUACUUUAUUUAUUUUUAUGUUUUUCUCUCAGUAAAAACGAUUCCAAAGCUAA